AAGCGCUUCAAUUUCUGUUUCAGUCGAGCAACGCAACUCGAACGCAACGGUACAUGAGCGGCGGUUGGCGAGCGAAUCCAGUGUCCCGUUAUCAACAACAACUCUCCAAACACCGAACUGCAGUUGAAUUAAACCACCAAAUACUGCGUGUUUUUUUUUCAAGUUCCAUAGAUGUAGUACAGUACAACAGUUACUCAAUUACUCAAUUACUCAAUUGCAACUUCCGAAGAAUUCGCGUAGUGCGAAAAUCGCCAAAAAUCAGCAGCCGCACUUUGAAGUUACGUCAAAAGGAGUCGCGAAAGAGGAAGAGCGAGAGUGUGAGAGAGUGAGGUGGCAAGAGAGCCGUAAGAAAAUAACAACAAGGCAGAAGCACGCGAUAGGAGUAACUGUAAAUGUGAGGGGAUAAAAUAGGAGAAAGAAAUCAGCAAAAGAACUUUUCGUAUUAUUUGCUGUUGUUGCUUUCGGUUUGUUGUUUUUGGCGCGUCGUCGCCGUUUGCUUUUUUGUUUUUAUUAGUUUUAUUUAUUUUUCCUUUCCAUUUUUUUUUGUCUUCGCUGUGCCCGUGCCUUUGUUGUUGAUUGCUGUGCAGCCGGCUUUGGUCAAAAGGGAGGGGGUGAUAAAGCGAGCAGGAAGAGGAGCCAGAGGAGCCAGAGGAGGCUUAUGUAAAGCGUGCUUCGAGCGUGCUAUGGAAGCAUGUCGUCCACUUCCAGCUCCGUGCUAACGUUGUCAUCGUUUAAUCUAUUAUUUUUCACCCAAGUGCUCACGGUACUCAGCUCGACGAUCAAGUACAACGAAUACGCGACGGACAAGGGCGGCAAUGUGAGCAUACCGUGCAUAGCCCAGGGAAACAUAAUGUGGGUGAAAGAGCACGGCAACAACAGCACGAUAGUUCAGACUGGUCGUGUUCUCGUCCUGCGAAAUGUGAGCACCACGGAUGCGGGAAUCUACGUAUGCUUCGCAUCGGUGCCACGCCCAUCGACAACAGCAACAUCAGCAACUACCUCACCGCAAAAUCAGCAGGAGAAAGAGACGCGGCCACUGGAGGAUGAGGAUGGUGGCCAAGGGGAAAGCGUUUCCCCCAAGGAUGACCAGCCGAAGGAAGCCGAAAUGGAGGAGGAAGUGGAGUACCUCGCCCACCAGCGAACCAAGCUCAUCGUUCGCACCGUUCCGGGUCCAGUGUCGCAGCUAUACUUCAAGGCCUCCACCAUACUGGGCUUCCUCAUCUGGCGCUUCAAUAAGACCCAAUCCGGUGGCUAUCCGGUGCGCAGCUUUACGGCGGAGUACCGUAACGUCUCCUACAAGACCCCGCCGGCGAAUGCCAGUUUCGAGCACGCCUGGAGCAGGAUGGAUCCCAUCAACAUAGCCUUUAAUGUGCGCCAAAUGGAGGUCUAUCGCCUGGCACCCAACACCACCUAUGAGUUUCGGAUAUGGGCCAACAACGAACUGGGCAGCGGCGAGGUGGUCACCACCAAUGUGACCACGCUGCCGGAGACCAAGGAGGAGGAUCUUAUACGCCUUAUAAAACCCGACCUAGACAAUUUCGAUCCACGCAUUUGGAUAGUGGCCGUCAGCAUAGUGCUCGGAACCCUUGUGAUAUUAGCGAUCGGACUCUGCAUUGUGCUCUCCAAGGAGUGCUAUCAGUCGGCGCAAAUGGCGAGUCGGACGGCGGACCCGAGCCUGGUGGCCAAGGUCAUGUGGGCGGUGCUGGCGAUCAGGAUGCUGGGGAGGAUGACGAUGACGAUGUGGCCAUGCCAUUUCCGCGCACCAUCAUCUUUGGCCAGCACCAUCGAACGCCUCCGCCGCCGCGUUUGCAUUUGCCACCGCAGCACCACCGCCAUCAAAACCAGAGCCACCACCACCAGUAUCACCAUCAGCAGCGGCAGCAGCAGCACCACCACCACCACCUCCGGCGGCAGGACGACGAUGAUGACGACGACUACGAGGAGGAGCACGAACCCACCAUGGAGCGGUUCAAGCGCAAAGUCUCCGUCUUCUUCACCGGUCCCACCAUCAAGCGUAUUUGAGACGUAUUUGAGUACAAACACUGGUCACCAAGGUUGUUGCAUUGCGGCUUGAUUGGAUAGUUAGGAUCCACCUCCACACCAUAUACAUAGAUAUAGAAAUGAGAGAGAGCUUAUCGAUCGAUCGAAUAUUUCGUUUUCAUUUCGGUUUCCUGUCCAAGCUUCAACUAUGAAAUACCAAACAAAAAAUGAAACGCCACAAAUCGCCAGAAAUUUUGAUUUAUAGCUCAUUGCAUUGCUUCUAUGCCCCGAAUCACAACUAUAUAGUAUAUAUACACGUAUUAUAAAUAUAAACCAAAACAAAUAUAUUGCUGUGAUACAAAUUCAAUUGAACGAACAUUGUAAGGAUUUACCAUAAAGCACACGAAACACCAAAACCCAGCUAUUAACCAUCAUGAAUUUGCUGAAGCUCGUAGCCAUAAAGCCCACAUUGUAUUUUGUCUAGUUAAACACGCCAUCUGAGUUACAGCCACUGGAUUAUUCAGAUCCAGAUAUAGACGACAGAAUUUAGCGGACAAGUUAGCUUAGAGCCUCAAAAAUCCUCCAAAAGAGAUCUGUUACCAAGUACUAAUCAAGAUAAAUGUCCUUAUAACUAGUCCGUUUGUCUGUUAGCCCGAACUAAUGCUUUUCUGUACUAGUAACUGGUUUUAUAAUAUUUAAAAUUAAAUUAGUCGAUUGUAACAGAUCUCUGAUAGUCCAUAUAGAUACCGGACUAUAUCGUUCGAACUUGUCCUUGUUUUGGUUCCGUUUGAAAGAUUUAACAAACUGUGAAACAAUUUUAUAAUUGAGCAAAUAUUUUGCACUGUAGAGCGCACCAAACGAUCUAUAUAUAGAUAUAUAAAUAUAUAUAUAUAUUUAAAACCGUGAAAAACGUUUGAUAAACAUUUUAAAUAAACGGCAAAAUGCCUUGUGCUUUAGUUCGGCCUCAAAGCUAAAUAAAUUGAUUAUGAUAUGAUAUAGGAAUAUUUAUUAACGUAGUUAAAGUAGCCUGAAAACCAAAUAUUCAAAGAAAUGAAAACAAAAACUGCUUCCACUCACAGUAAACAAAAUCUAAACAAUGAAAUUGUUAUAAAAGAUAAAUCAAAACUAAUUUUAAACAAGCGAAUAUUGUGAAUAUACCGAAGCAAACAAAAUAUAUAUAUAUAUAGAGAGAGAACGAUCACAAAAUGUGUGGAAUGUACAUAAAGAUAGCGAGUGGGUAUCUUAAGAAAGACUGUAGUUAAUGUUUAAGACACUUUGGCCUGCGCUUUUACCAAUUUUUUGGGGCCCAACUUGGCCCAAACUCCUUGGUUCCAACCAUAUUUUGCAUUGAUCUGCUAGAGCUACCAACAAGUAUAUAGUAUUAAUAUUUCUAACAAUUCGGAAUGUGCACUUAACUAAGCGAAGAUUGAAACUAAAAAAUCAGAAGGUGGAAACAUCCUAUUUGAAUAGAACGAAGUUACAUAAGCAAAAGUCUCUCGCCUAAGCCCUCAUCCUAAACUCUUGGCUGUAUUUCUAAUUGUUAUCGCUUCAGGUUGAGGUUUAUUGUUAUAACGCCAGCCAGCAAUACUCCCCCCCCCCAAAAAAAAAAAAAAAAAUUACCCUAAACAAAUUAUUUUCUAAUCUGAGCCCAAGCCAUGAGUGGAAAAGAUUAGACCUCAACACCACAAAAACACCGACAACAAUAAAAUAAAUCUAAGUUUACAAAACCAAA